AUGGAAGCAUUGAAUCAGAAAUCUAUUGAGAGAGUGGUUUCUCAAAGAGCACUACAAAUGGGAAAUUCAUUUUCUUGUCAAAUUUGUGUUGUUGGAUUUCUAUCUGGAGUUUGCUUAACUUCUCUACUCUUAGCUGCUUUGACUUCUUUUGGUACCUUUCAUUUUGGCCCAAUUUUGUUUUCAUCUCUGUCAAUGGAUAAUAAUUCUACUUCUCACAACAAUAUCAACAUGGUUACAGGAUUCAACUGCAAUGUUAAGCUUAAGGAAACGAAGAGAUUGUUGGAUUUGAAGAGCACUAGAGAGAGAGACAGCGACGAAAGAGUCUCGUCGCUUUAUUCAGUUUGGAGUGCAGUGUUGAAUGAAUCUAGAAAUGGGGACAAUUGGGACUUAUGGUCUAGUUUGCCUAAUGCUCCACAUUUGGAAAACUGCAAGUUGAAAACGCAACUUUAUCGCAAUUUUGACACGCGUAUAGGAAAUGAGACGUUUCCGUUAUGGACAAGUUGGAAGGGGUUUUUGCAGACUUUGCCUGUUGUUCCAAAUGAGCACAUACAAAAUCCAAAGCAAGAUGAGGCCGUAUCUGAAGGAGCUUAUCCGCCGUGGAUUGUAGGAUCUGAUGAAGAUAACUAUCCCUUGACUAGAAAAGUGCAGCGCGACAUAUGGAUCCAUCAACACCCUUUAAACUGUAACGACCUGAAUGUGAAGUUCCUUGUUGCUGAUUGGGAAAGACUGCCUGGAUUUGGCAUUGGGGCUCAGAUUGCUUCAAUGAGUGGACUUCUUGGUAUAGCGGUCAAUGAAGGAAGAGUCCUAGUUGCCAACCAUUACAACAGAGCCGAUCACGAUGGUUGCAAAGGGUCUUCCAGGUCUAGUUGGAGUUGUUACUUCUUUCUGGAAACAUCCCUUGAAUGUCGUCAGCGAGCAUUUGAACUUAUGAAAAGUGAAGACGCGUUGAGCAAAGGAGUUGUGACCACAAAAGAAAAUUAUACAACAAAGCGUAUAUGGAAUGGACCAACUCCUAGGAAGUGGGGACGUCCAUGGAUUUACUUGCAACCUACAACUUAUAUAAAUGGCAGUUUGUUGAUUUCUCAUAGAAAAAUGGAUAGAAGGUGGUGGAGAGCACAGGCUGUACGCUACUUCAUGAGGUUUCCAACUGAAUACACAUGCAAUUUAAUGAAUGAGGCCCGUCAUGCCGCCUUUGGAAAAUUAGCUGCAAAAAUGGCUCUUCAAAGUCUUGAUGCAGACUGGUCUAAGGUGGAAAGCAGUGACAGACCAAGGUCUGAAAUUGAUGAAUAUGUAUGGUCCAAUCACAAGCCUUGGGUCCCUAGGCCUCUUCUAAGCAUGCAUGUAAGGAUGGGAGACAAAGCAGGCGAAAUGAAGGUUGUUGAAUUCGAAGAAUACAUGCAGCUUGCUGAUCAAAUUCGGAGUCGCUUUCCAAAUCUUAAUAGCAUUUGGCUUUCUACUGAGAUGCAGCAAGUGAUUGUCAAAACCAGAGAAUAUUCACAUUGGAACUUUUACUAUACAAAGGUAGGACGCCAAGCUAGGGCUAAUAUGUCGAUGGCAGAUUAUGAAGGCAGACUGGGUAGAGAGACCAGUACUAAUUAUCCACUAGUUAAUUUCUUAAUGGCUGCUGAUUCAGAUUUUUUUGUUGGGGCAUUGGGUUCUACUUGGUCUUUUCUUAUAGAUGGAAUGAGAAAUACUGGGGGUAAGGUAACGUCUGGAUACUUGAGUGUCAACAAGGACAGAUUUUGGUAA